GGUCUCCUUCCGUGGCUUCCGCGUGCUGCCCGGAUACUCAAGAAAGCUUCGGCGAUGGCGGGCCUCAUCAACAUUUUCGGAACCAACGAGCACCUCUCAAGCUUGGUGGAGUUUUCGAACUGUCAUGUCGUCGUAGAUGGCUCGAAUCUCCAGCACUUAAUAGGCACCCAGAACAGUGCGCUUUCGAAUCUUCCUGCCUACGAAGAGUCGGUGGCGAACUUCUUCAAACACUUUCUCAAUGCGGGGAUUACACCCCACGUGUUUUUUGACGGACCUUCGAGAAGUGAUUCGUAUAAGUGGGGACGAGCUAGGGAGCGUCGAGAAGAACGUUUAGAGAGACUGAGCAACGCACCCCGCGAAACCAAGCGGUCUGUCUUCGAAAUCCCGGCUCCGACGGCCGUACAGGACAUAUUCCGAGACGUUAUAUACUCUCUGGGUAUCCGGUCAGUUCAGGUGUCUGCCAAGCGUGACUAUACUCUCGAAAUGAUUUCACACGCCAAAUACCAUAAAGCUUUCCUGGUGUCUGGGAAUACGAAGUUCUUCGUGGAAGACAUACCGAAAGGUUUCGUUUGUAUCAUCGCGGGGAGGCACCAAUAUUUCGAGUCGCGAUCGCAGUGCAUUAUGAAGACGUUUCAUUACAAGAAGCUCACAGAGCUCAUCGGUUUGGACAAAUCGCCAAAUCCUUACGCGCUCACAAUGUGGAGGACUGCCCUAUACCACAGGGAUGUAUUCGGGAAAUUCACCGAGCAGUUCGGCAAACAAGCCCACCCGCCACAGUUUUAUCCGAGGUCCAGGUGCUUCUGGAUGCAGAGCUUGUUGUCUCAGAAAUGUCGGAAAGUUACACACUUGAAGCUCCUCCAGUUCUUCCUCGAAAAUAAGUGUGCGGACGCUGAGCGAAUCGUCUGUGGACAGUUGAGUCCCGGAGACCGUGGAAUCGCGAAGCUCUUCUUCCAACAAAACAUCGCUGCUCAGCUCACCACGCCAGAUGACGUUUUUGAGCGCAUCGCGAACCAAAUUGAGUCUGGAAGUUUUUGCGACGAUGAUCUUCCCCAGUGGUUCCUCCGUUACCUCACGAUCGAGUGUAAGGUGGUUCCUGGAUUGAUGGAUACACUGACAGAUCGUCGCCAUUACCUGAUGGCACUCACAGAAGACUUCAACAGAGAGUCCGUGAAUAAGACUACAGUUCGCCUUCGUCGCAUCAUCUACGGAAUUCUGUUCUCUGAUCGCAAAGACUCGGGAGGGCCCGUAGAGGUCUUAGAGCUCGACCGAGAAGGUAUGGAACUCCGAGAGGCUUCGCUCAAGCCCAUACGGAAGCUGUGGAACCCGAAUGAGCAGUACGAAGGCCACGAUGUUCCGGGCUUGAAAGAAAUGGAGUGCCUUCCGGAGCCUGAGCGCAUUAAGCUAUUUCUGUUGAGUUUGGGAGUUGAGGAAAGCCUACGCCAAAAGAUCGACUCCAAAGAAGUGCUGUAUGUCAUAGCUGUGCUGAGGUACUGGUCUGUCGCCGCCAAGGGAGUACGCAAGCAAGAUCUGCUGCGCAUACUGCUGACGGCUCUGCUCGUCGAAAAAAAGUACUCGAAAGUGAGCAAUGUAUUCAGAAAACCGGUGCGUCUCAGGGAGCAAGAAUACAUUAAUCUUGGCAUUGACUUCGAACCAAGCAGCGUCUCGAUGCUCCUCCUUGGAACGUUCGCCCAUAUGCACCCACUUGCGCAGCUGCAAAACUCCACGCUGUUUGGGCGAACUCUGCAUCGACUCCUCAUGCAACCACUGGGCGCGACGUCCGAUUGUAUAGAAACCAUCACGAGCGAGGUAGCCUUCCAUCAUAUCUACAACCUGACGAACAGAAUGACUGAAGCCGAGUUGGAGGAAUUCGUCUUAGACUUGGUCCAUGAAGACAGCAGGGGAAACUUCAUCGACACCUUAAAUCUGAUUUGGGACGAGGAGGCACGAAGUUUGGGGGAAAUCAUUCUCAGCGGUUUCCGCGGAGACGAUGAGUUGUAAAGCACAUGGAGUCCAUGAAACUCCGUUUGUCGAAGCUCCGUUACGGGUAGCCGUAUCAUAUCAUGGCGGCCAAUGAUACCUCAUGAAUGC